AUGGACAGAGCCUCGACUCCAGUACCGACCCCAGCUAUACCCAGCCGCCAAAACACCCCUCUGCACGGGAAACUAUUUGGACACACGUCUUCGUCGUCCGUGUCUUCUCUGGGAAACACAAAAACGCCCCAGGCGUUACACGACUCAAGUAGCGACAGCAGUGAUAGCAGUGACGAUACAAACGCAUCCACCAGCAUCUACUACGAGAGUGAAAACGACACCCGGGGCAGAAACCCUACUCCGGUGCUUCCAACACUUUUACGACGACGAUCAUCGCUCAGUGCAUCGUCAAGCAGAAGAUCGAGCAUCUCAGAAGUGGGCUUUGCAAAAAGUCCAACUAUGGAGGAAUGGGGUGGAGGAACAGGUGGGAGAAGCCGAAGACCAAGCCUACUAAGUACGCCGUCACGAGACGCACUGGUUCAACCGAGCCCACGUGACUUGUCUCGUGACCCGUUCCUUUCUCGCAUCAACACCAAUGGUGAGACCAUUCAUCCAGGGCUACGAAGAGACUCCUUUUCCCGGGGCGACUUCCAGGCACCUCGUGACUCAAACUCCCCCUUUGCAUCGCGUGACUCGCAUUCACCGUUCCACUCACGUGACAACUUUCAUCCUCGUGAUCCCCCCAUCACUCCCUCUAUUGGCUCUCCCUCUUUAGCAGCAACUUCUCCUGCCGAGUCACCUUUGCUGCCUGAAAUGGCCAUCCGAAUGGUUUCCGCCAACAACCGCAAGAACAUGAAGCCCAAACCCAAGUCGUUUCUGCGUAUCUCACGUGAUCUAGUCGAGGAAAAUGCACCUUUGGACUCGGAAAUGCGCCACGAGUCAGCAAUCACGUGUGCGCUGCGUGAGGAUGCCGUAGAGGAGAGUGGCAUGUCCCGCGAUACAGCUGCCUUUCCUGCACGUGACGUUCCCUAUCCAAAUUACGUUGAUUACUUUGAACAUGUGAUUGAUGAGCACUCGGAUUCUGAUACCGCUCGGCCUAAGCGGAAGCGAGUAGCUGGUGAUUACGACCCUGUGUUGAAGAGGCGAGCUGUUUCUCCUGGUCUGAGCUCUCCCAUAAUGUCUGCUAGUCCCACAGGAGCCAAAAGGAGCAACCGACAGGUUCAAGAUACCAGCGAAGAGAUUCAGAGGAUGACUCUGUGA